AAUCAAGGCUCUCAUUGGAGAUAUAUAUGACAAAUGAUGUCCUUUUUAAUAAUUUUCCCAAAAGUUUUUAAAAUUAAGGUAUAAAAUAAAUGAUGGGGAUAUAUAUGACAGGGUAAGAUUUGAGAUACAUGGUGUUAAGUUGUUCAUUGAGUUUCAAUUUCAAUUUCAAACCCAAAAAUAAGCUCCACACACAUAAUAAACACACAUGCAUGAUAUAUGCAUCUCCCCUCAAAAUAAUCUUUCCAUAAUAUGAUCAUUUCUGUAACUGCAUAUUUCCUUCUAAAAUUAGCUCCCCAUUUGCAUUAAAUUCCUCUCAAUCAAUAAUCUUCCUUAGUAUUUAUCCACUCCCCACAAAUAAAUCAUUUAUCUUUCUUCUUCAAUCCAUAUAUGAAGCCAAAAACAACAAGAAGAAGAAGAAGAAGAGGCCUAUCAACAACUCCACCAUCAUGAUGAUUUCUCCCACAAAGUUCAGUAACUCCAACAUGGAUCACAUCAAGUCAGAAGAACAAGUACAAAACACAAAUCAAGAUGAACUUGCUCUGGAUUUAAGCCUUUCAAGUAAGGACUCCAAGAAGAUUAAUCAUCAUCACGGUUUGAAAUCUGAACUCAAUCUUUUAGAUUGUCUUCAAUUGAACAACAACAACAACAACAACAACAACAAUAAUUCUAGUAGUAACACAAGUGCUACUAGUACUAUUAUUACCACCCCACCACCACCACCACCCUCAUCCAAGAACCCUUUUCUUUCUAGUACUAAUAGUACUACAAACAAUAAUAAUACCCAACAAGAAUCGGAGCCCCGGGUUUUCUCAUGCAACUAUUGCCAGCGCAAAUUCUUCAGUUCCCAAGCUCUUGGAGGCCAUCAAAACGCUCAUAAACGGGAGAGGAACAUAGCCAAAAGGGGUAACGGCAUCGGAUCUGGCCCGGGAUCCGCGGGUGGGCUCUUCAGGCACGACCCGUUUGUCCACCGGUACUCUAGCAUGGCUUCUUUGCCUUUGCAUGGGGCCUACAACCGGUCCUUGGGGAUUCAGGCACAUUCCAUGAUUCAUAAGCCGUCUUCAUCUUACUUUGGAUCCAACGUUGUUGGUUUGUCGUCUUUGUACGGGCAGAACAAUGGGUGGCCUUCUAGAAAGCCUCUUGAUCAACAGCCCGCUGUCGGGCGGCUUGCACCGGAGAAUUAUCAUAUGGGUUCGGGUGUAGGGUCGUCAUCCACCAAUGGUUGGGCUGCUAGGUUUGAUAGUUUUCAUCAGAAGCUUUCACCCGCGAUUGAUCACGGCGGCAUUGGUGGCGGUGGUGUCACAUCUCCGGCGGCAAAGAAAGCUACAAAAGAAGAUCAUCAGCUAGUUGACUUGACUCUCAAACUCUAGGUAGCAUUAUUAGUAAUAGAAGUACUGGUUAGUGAUAGCUUUCAUUUCUGCUUAUUAUUAUUAUUAGUUGGAUUCAGAUUUUUUUUUUUCUUGUUGGUAGAUGAUGAAGUUCAUUUGUUUGACAAUUUUUAGUAUUUAGGAGAUUAUUACGAUAUAAUUGAUUUUUAAAAUUUGAGGAUAUUGCUGGUAGAAUUUCUUUAUUUGCUUGUCAAUUUAUUAUUGUCCUUUUUUCC